GUGAUCACCCUGGAGCUGCCACAGAGAUUAAGGCUCGGGGUACAGGCCGAGCAGGCCGCCCGGAGCUCGAGGAAACACAAGAAACACAGACGCGAGAGAUACGAAGCUGAAGACAUCUAUGCAGCACCAGAAAAGCCUCCAGCGCUGAAAUUAAUUCUCAAGGUUGGAGGUAACAGUGGAACUCCAGAAUACAUAGGCGGUGAUUCACCUAAUCAGGCAGCAAUGUUGUCCCAACAUUAUCAACACCAGGUUGGCUUCAACUAUUCUAUAACUCCAGGAGAUCAGGAGAUCGAUAGGUAUCUGAGCCACAAAAAGCUAAAGAAGAAAAAAAAGAAGAAGGACAAAAGACAUAAACAUCAUCACAAAGACAAAAAGAGGCGGAGAGAAGAAUCAAGUCAAGAUUCAGUUGGAGAUGGAGACGAAAGUAUGGUGGAGGUGCCAAAAAAAAUAAUUUGUCAUAACCCACCUCUGCCAAGGCCUAUUAUCUCUCAUGAACAAAGAAGCACCACUUCUGCAGCUAGCAGCUUAUCUCCUCACAGAGAACCACGCACAUGUGUUCUUCGAAAGAUUGCGGAAAGGACUCCUCUUCAGCGAUUACUAGAACAUUUACUGAGAUCGAUGGAAAAACGAGACCCACAGCAAUUUUUUGCAUGGCCUGUUACUGACAAUAUUGCUCCAGGAUACUCAUCAAUAAUUGCACAUCCUAUGGAUUUUAGUACAAUCAAGCAAAAAAUAGAUGAUAGUAAUUACCAAAAUCUCAAUGAGUUUAUCGUCGAUUUCAAGUUGAUGUGCAACAAUGCAAUGACCUACAAUCAUCAGGACACCAUUUAUUACAAAGCAGCCAAGAAGUUGCUACACGUCGGCCUAAAGAUGGUUACUCCAGACAAGUUGAAACAAUUGAGGUCAGUGUUGGUCUACAUGCAAGAUUUGACAAAGGAUGAACUCGGAUUUGAACUAGGUAUUGAAGAAGCGAACCAUUUUGACACACAUAUGACUGAGGAACAGAUUGAAAAAGAACGUGAACAAGAGGAGCAGAUCGAAGAAGCAGAAGAGCUAAGAAAGGAGAAUCAGAGAAAAAUGAGACUAGCAAGCCUCGGUAAAUUUGAAGCGAUCCCAGAUGACUUGACUCCCGAAGAGAUCCUGAAACAAGCACGUAGUGCUGCCAAGUCUGCAGCAGAGAGACUGAGUCUCAAACGGGUUGGCACAAAAAUGGGAUUCUUGAGGCAGAAGAAAGAUGGAACAACGAGUCUUCAAAUCAUAGUACCAGGAGACGGUGUCAUUCCAGGCACAAAUCAAAGACCUGUGUCACUUGGACAGCUUUUAGGGAAGGUUCAUCAUGGCACAGGUGCCUUAGCAGGUUUCAGGGAAGACAGGAGGAAUAUGUCGAAACCAGUUAAGCCUUUGUAUUACGGAGCUUUCGGCUCUUAUGCUCCUAGUUACGAUUCGACGUUUGCCAAUCUUACUAAAGAAGAAUCGGACUUGGUUUAUCAAACUUAUGGUGAUGAGACUGCUGUUCAGUAUGCCGAGUCGAUUCUCGACUUUGCCAAAGACUGUGAUUACACUUUGACUAUGGUUGACGAUUUGUUAGACAUUCUAACUAACGGAGAUCAUAGAAAGACUAAAAAGUUCCUUGACGAAAAGCGGCGUCUCAAGGAGGAAGAAGAAAAAAUCAAACAUUUACUGGAAAAACCUGUACAGGAAGUAAAUAAAAACAUUCCACCUGUUGACAAGGUCAAAGUUGAUAUCAAUCAGCUCAAAACUCUAUCCGACAUUGGCAUCGAUAUCAACUUUUUAGAUGGCUUAGAAGAAGACUUGAAAGUAUCCGAAGAACGCUCAGCACUUCAAAAAAAUCUAGAAGAAACGUCGGCUCUACUAAACAAUCUUAGGCAAACUCAGCAUGACCGUCUCUCAGCACCCCCACCACCACAUUUGGCAAACAUUCAGAAAGCUUCUGAAACAGAAGUAACGCUCGCCGAAAAGAUAACCGAUAACUUGGCUAAUAUAGCAAAAAAAUUGCCGCCCUCUGCUAUCGCGCCGGUAGAUGGGCUGAGAAAAGCUAUGGGAAUUGCACCCCUAGGAGGACCAGAACCAAUGGAUGUCGAGCCAAUAACACACAAUCCUUCGAUCGUGACAGAAAAUUCAAUAAUUUCGGAUAAUAGCACGAGUCAGGAGUCAAAUGGUAUGCUACCUAUGUCCAUGUCUUUGGAUAUAAAUAAUGUGAGGCAAGGACAGCUGCCAAUACAAAUGGUGCUGGGACAGAAUCAAAGCUCAUCGAUUUUAAGUGCAACGGAAACGUCCGGUGUUAACGAUCUUGAAUCCGAGCUUCGCGAGUUUCUGGAAAGUGACCCAACGUUGGGCCACUCACCUUUACACGAUGACAAGACCUUAGAGGACAUUUUAUCGGAAUCUUAGCACGUAAUAAUGUUACAAUAAGUUAGAAACUUGAAAUUGAUGAAAAAAUGCGGUGAUGUAUAUUUGUUUGAUACGUGCAUUUUAAUUGUAAGACUUAUCGUACUUGAAGGAAACAAAUGCCUUAAAUAAUGUCUUUAAAUAUAAUUUUUUAUAACUGUACUAUAACUUUCCUCGCUUACUAUAGUAUAUGUAUGUGCACACAAAAAAUCGUUCAAAUAUAAUUUUUAAGAAUA